CCACCGCCGCUUUCUGCCUUUCCCGGCGCCUGCGGGGCCGCGGCGGGAGGGAGGGAGGGCGGACAGCAGGACCGAGCGAGAGAGCCCCUCUGCCAGCAGCGGCGCCGGGGCGGAGGUAGGAGGGAGCGAGCGGGCGGAGGCGCCGCCCGGGGGCCGUUAACCCGUUUCCGCCUCUCCGCAGCGCGAGCCCGGGCGGCGAGCGCGCGCGUCACGCCGGAGCGAAAGCGGGACAGCCCGGGAGCGGCAGCCCGGGAGCGGCCAUGGCCUACGCGUACCUCUUCAAGUACAUCAUCAUCGGAGACACAGGUGUCGGGAAAUCAUGUUUAUUGUUACAGUUCACAGACAAGCGGUUUCAACCAGUCCACGAUCUCACUAUUGGUGUAGAAUUUGGGGCUCGAAUGAUAACUAUUGAUGGAAAACAGAUAAAGCUUCAGAUAUGGGAUACGGCAGGACAGGAGUCCUUCCGUUCCAUCACAAGAUCAUACUACAGAGGGGCCGCAGGGGCUUUGCUAGUGUAUGACAUUACAAGGAGGGACACUUUCAAUCACUUGACAACUUGGUUAGAAGAUGCUCGUCAGCAUUCCAAUUCCAACAUGGUUAUAAUGCUUAUUGGAAACAAAAGUGAUUUAGAAUCUAGACGAGAAGUUAAGAAAGAGGAGGGUGAAGCAUUUGCACGAGAACAUGGACUUAUCUUUAUGGAAACGUCUGCCAAAACUGCUUCCAAUGUAGAGGAGGCGUUUAUUAAUACUGCAAAGGAGAUCUACGAGAAAAUCCAGGAAGGUGUUUUUGACAUUAAUAAUGAGGCAAAUGGCAUAAAAAUUGGCCCUCAACAUGCUGCCACCAAUGCAACACUUGCAGGCAAUCAGGGAGGACAACAAGCUGGAGGAGGCUGCUGUUGAGCCUGUUUUUACUUUCUAGCUGCCUGGAUGGGGCCUACUUAUUUGUUUGUUCACCCUUCCCUCCCCCUGCCCCGCUCGCCUCCACUUCAAUUCAACUGAGACAUGAAACUCGUAAGUCGGUUUCCUGUUGCAGAAGACUUUAUCCUUCAAAUUCUUGUAUAACUUUGAAUAAAUGGUUAAUGUUCACUUAAAGACAGAUUUUGGAGAUUGUAUUCAUAUCUAUUUACAUUUGAUUUCUAGGUCAAUUGAUGUGAUUAUUUUUGUUAAAUGUUGUCUUGUGCCCUUGACUACGAACUGAAUUGUAUUAAACACUACAAAGUCAUCUGAGUAUUUUAAUCAGUUUGUGUAGUUAGGUUUCCCAGCUCCUGAGGUUACCUAAUGUUUAAUAUUGUAGAGCUGUCCUCAAGUUUUUUGUCAAUUUCCAAGGCUAUGAAGAGAAGCGGAAGGACUCUUUUAAUUCUGUAUUUAUCACUUUCUGUAUAUAUAGUUUAAUAACCUGCUUGGGUGUACUUGCCAAGCUAGAAUUCUUUAAUGCAUUUGCAUAAAAUCUAUACUACUUAGAGCUUGAAAACUACAGAAGCAUUAAUAGGAAUUGCUUGGAUGCUAAAUUUUAAGCCUUUUUGACAUUGUUAGCAUGUUCAUGCUCCCCUGUCAUUAUCCUGAAGUCCAAGAGAGAUGCUUAAUGUAUAUUACUAGAGGCUACAUACGUGCUAUCUAUUUUAAUGCCAAAUGUUUGCUGUUUAUCCACAAUUUCCACAACACCUCUUCAGAAAUGGAUUAGCUGUUUGCCUUAACAAAUACUAUAGGUGAAAACAGAGUAUGAAUGAAAAGUAGAGGAGGAGUUGAUAAAUUUAAAAUGGCACAUUCUAAAAACAUUAAUCUUCUCAGUGUUUUUUUUCUUGUUUACCACUUGAUUUCUAGGUAUAUUUUUCAUGCAAGGACAGUUUUUCAACCUAAAUGUAUAGUGGUUGUGUAAAGUUUUCUUUUAGUGACAACUUGUAAUCCUAAAUAUAUGGUAAGCAUCUUGUCUAUUGUGAAGAGGGUGUGAAAAUAAAAUCUGCCAGUUUGGAAAUCUUGAUGAAAAUCAAAACUACAAAUGUUUUGUUACUUAUUAUGGUGAUGGCUGGGGGGUAUAUUUUUCCUCAAAAGAAAGGGUUGCAACACUGCAAAACAAAAUCCUGUGUUUAAGUGUUUAUUUGUUAAAAUACAGAAUGUUCAUGUCACCUUUCAUACAAAUGUGCAAAUAACUGAGUUUCCAUCUCAUCCUAUUUAAACAAUUGCAGACAAAAGGGUGACACUAGUGCUAGGCCAUGCUUCGUGUAUUGGGCAAAAUAAAGGGGUGGGGGCAGGCAAUGACUGCAAAACUUUUGUCUUACUGGACCAAUAUUGACUGCAACACAACACUGGGGGAAAGGGAUCCUCAUUUCACCCAUUCUAUUUGUCAGAACUUGAACAUCCAGAGUGAAUAAACUUCAGCCUGAUGGGUGUAACAUAGCAACUGAGAUUAAAUAAAAUUUGAAAAAACGGUGUGGAA